CUAUGCUAUUUACACCCUUUCAGCGUGUCGGUGCGGGCGGGAGCCUUUUGUUCUUUCCCUGUACCGAGCUUGAGAUGUGCACUGUGGGGCCGCCUGGGCCCGCGGAGCCUCGCGUAACCUCGCGUAACGCGGGGUGGGCGAGGAGUGGGGCCUGGUCGCCGCUGGAGGCGGGCGGGCGGGCGCGCGCUAGAUUCUUUGGAUUGCGGGCGUUGCGGACAAAUAAACGACGCGGGCGGUCGCGCCGUGCCGGCCGAGCUCUGGCUGCUGGGGGGCGGGCGGAGGGGCGAGGAGCGGCGAUGGAGCCCGGCGGCUGCGAGGCCGGGCCCGCGGUGAAGGCGGUGGCGGCGGUGCUACCCGCGGGCGGGAGCGGUGAGCGCCUGGGCGGUGCCACCCCCAAGCAGUUCUGCACCGUGCAGGGGAGGCCGCUCGUCAGCUACACAGUGCGGGCCGUGGAGAGGGUGAGCUGGAUAUCUGACAUUAUUGUGGUGGUCUCUCCUGAAAAUAUUGAAACAAUGAAGUCUAUCAUUGAAAAAUAUGGCCACAAAAAAGUUACUGUUACAGAAGGAGGAACAACUCGUCACCGAUCAAUUUUCAAUGGACUGAAAUUAUUUUCAGAGAAUGAAUUUUCGAACCAUCUGCUCCAGAAACCAGAAGUAGUGAUUAUCCAUGAUGCUGUGAGACCAUUUGUUGAAGAAGAUAUUCUUCUAAAAGUGGUGAUGGCUGCUAAAGAACACGGGGCAGCAGGAGCAAUUCGUCCUCUAGUUUCUACUGUUAUUGCCUCUGCUGCAGAUGGAUGUUUAGACCACUCAUUGGAACGUGCCAAGUACAGAGCAAGUGAAAUGCCUCAGGCUUUUUUAUUUGACAUAAUCUAUCAAGCAUACCAACAGUGCACAGAUUAUGAUCUGGAUUAUGGAACAGAAUGUUUGCAUCUGGCUCUGAAAUACUGUAAAACAAAUGCUAAGCUUGUUGAAGGAACAGCUGACCUUUGGAAGGUGACCUACAAGAGGGAUCUGUAUGCAGCUGAAUCAAUUAUUAAGGACAGCUUAUCACAACAAAUUUGUAUUAUUACUGAUGUGAAGGAAGCUGUUGUGCGAGUAGGUUUUCUCCUUCAUGAAUCACUAAGAAGCCAAAUAAAAGUUGAAACUAUAUCGAUUUCUCUAAGCAAACGAGAUAACCAUCUACAGAACAUCUUUUUGGGACAGUGCUACAAUUUUGUUUGCAUAAAUGAUAAAAAGUAUGCCACUGAAGAAAUCCAGCAGCUAGUGGAUAUGUUAGAAGAAUCAAAUAUUCCUCUCUUACAUCCAGUUGUUCUUAUUUCAGUUCACUUGAGUACUUCAGAAAAUACUUCUUUCAGCAUUGAUUUGGAAGAACUAACUAGAAUGAAGAAAUUUGCAAGGGAAAUGAAAAGGAAAAAUAUUUUGGUUUAUGGACUCCUUAUCCAACAUAAGGACUAUUCCCCACUUCAGGAGACAGUAAAUUCGGCUGCUGCUCUUACCAUGGCACUAAUAAAGGACAGGAACCCUGAGCUGACUGGCCAGCUUUUGGUAGCAUAAGGUCAUAAAUCAUUUGUAGCUUUUGGAAGUGUUUCUUUGUCACCAUUCAUUCACCAAAGGUCUUGAAUCAUUUAAUUUUUGAUGAAAACUCUGGAUUUAUGACAUUUGUUAUUAAGCUCUUCUAACAACGUAUUUUUGAUACCUAAAAUGCAAGUCUGAUAUUAUGUGGAAAGUGUAAAAUGAAAGUAAUUCUGAAAUACACUGGAUAUGUGCUUUGAAGAAAGAUGCCAAAACAUUUUUUCUGAGGUACUGCUCAUUUAACAGUGUUCACAGAGGACAUCAAAAUAUUCAGUCUUCACAUAGAACUGUCUUUAACCCAUGCAUGUGUGUUAUUUUGCAUUAAUGAAUUAAUCCUAAAACACAGCUUUAGUUCUUUAGAUGAAAUUAUUUAACAUUUGUUGCUAUAAGUAUUAAUGAAUAUUUAAUAUACCGUAUGGCCUUACAUCAGUGGAAAUGCACAUUGCAAAAAGUGUUUGUUAGGUCAGCUCUCUGUCCUCCAUGGUAUAAAGGGUAACCUUGGCACAUGAAGAAAGAUGUGCAUGGGAACACUGAGGUGCUAUAGCCUGGUUUUCUAGAUCAGGUGUUCUCUGGCUGCAGCACUCCUUAGUACUAAAACUACUUCCAGUACCCAUGUGCCAUCAUUCAGAACUAGCUCCAAUAGCUUUUCUGAGUACAGUAUUAUCCACACUAGAAGUGUCCAGGGAGCCUCCCCUUCCAUCUGUCCUAAGUCCAUCCAGUCUCCCUCUGACAUCAGAUAGGUCAGCUACUUGCUUACUGCUGUGCUUUCGUGAGUACAGUCUCUUAUAUCUAGGCACAAGGAAACUGUAAAGAAUUCGCAAUAUCCUCGUGGAUCCUAAAUGUAGAACAUAAUUUAGUCAGGAAAAGGAAAUGGGUUGGUCCAGUGGAGAGUGUCAAUCUGGGUGGCAUUCAGGAUCAAUCGUUCCCUUGUUAGGUAAACCUUUGAAAAUCCAUCUCAAAUAAGAUUUCUGAUUCAACUCAGGAAUUUGGCUCUACAUUAUCCAGCAAUGGAUGUAGCUCAGCUAUUCAAGAGGAUAGAGGGAGAAAAGCUCUGAUUGUCGUUCAACAACAGAGAUUGCCAAUGCCAGCACUGAAAGAGAUCCCAGCACUCCCACCAGGUUCCAGUCCCUCUGGUGUACGGACAAAACUGUGAGGAUAGAAUGAGAUUUGAACUCUGUCCCUCCCCUUUUCCCCAGAUCUCUAAAUAACUGCCUAAAAAUGGUUUACUAGUAUCUGCUGAGACACCUCCCUCUUAAAUUACUUUUAGAAGCUGAUGUUGAUCCAAAACUUUCUUCAUUAUAGUAGUUGCAGCUGACUGUUCUGUAUCCAAAGCAUACAUUUUUUUCUGCUAACACGGUUCUUAUCAUCUACUUCCUUCUUUGAUUUUCUCCUAUCUAAUUUGGUUAAUAAUUUGUCCUUUUCUGACAUUGUACAAUGUGGGCAUUUAUAUUAGUUCAGUUUGUGGCCAAUAAGACGUGUUUUAUUCAUGUAUAUAUUCAUGCCUGUUCAUAUGCAGAGUAGUCAGAUAAACUCAGAGGAAAUAUUUUAUUAUUAGUAUCCAUAAUUUAACAGGACAACUUUCAAAAAUAAGUUUUCUGAAUUCACUUUUACAGUAAUGAAUUUUAUGAAGGAAUUUGUUUCACAGGCUUCUAAAGACAUGAUAGAAGAUGUUUCUUUGACCAUAUUUUUUUAAUUCUUUGCUUUAAGACUUAACUACAAUCUGUGAUGUAUUUUCCCCACAUUAUAAUAAGCAAGUAAAUUUUAAAAAAGCCCUUUAUGUUUUCCAUCCACUCUAAUGUACACAUUGAGAUAAAUUCUUAGCACUGGAUUUUGGGUAAAUUGUCAUUUGCUUAAACAGAACCUUUUAUUUUGUUGUAUUGUUUUACUUAUUAUCUUAAAAUGAUUUAAAUCCAAUUUAAAAUGCCAUUGCAAUGAAGUGCUGGAAAGAAAAAUGGUAUAGUGAUUGUUUAUGAACUUCUUGUGAAAAGAGAACAACUGAUGCCCAUUAAGAAGUGCAUUUCAGGUCCUCGAACAUAUUUAGUACUAAACUCAUUGAAAGAUUUAUUAAUGUACUGUUAAUCAUCACAUUACAGAUCAUUUUAAAUGAUCUACAAUCACUGAAAAAUUCAAUCUGCAGGAAGCCAAACACUACCAGCAGAACAACUAGAACACAUCACCAGAUAGUAGGGCAGCAGUAAAAAGAAAAGAAAAGAAACUGGACUGUGAGUAAUGCUAUUGUAUAUCCAAACCAAAGUUAAAUGCUGUCUUAGAUGAUUGCUAGUACUUACAAUGGGAAUAAAGAUAUAAAAUGAAAUUAAGAAACUGAUUGAUUGGUU